AUGCAAAUCAAGUGUCUUAAAAUGAAGACGUACAGUCGCAGAACAAAGAAUACCCUGCAUGUGCCAGAAGAUUUGAUCAUUCAAAUCUUGUUAAGGUUGCCUGUCAAGUCUCUUGUCCGUUUCAAUUGUGUGUGUAAGUCAUGGCUCUCCCUUAUCUCCGAUUCACACUUUUCACUCUCACAUUUUGAACGAGCUGCCACUUGCACAGAGAGACUUGUGUUCUUUGAGCCUUCAGCUCCCGAAGUCCGAUCCAUAGACUUCAAUGCACCCCUUUAUGAUGACUCUGCUUCUGCUGUAUUAAACCUCAACUUUUUGCCCCCCAAACCUAAUGAUGUCCGGAUCCGGGGUUCCUCCAGGGGGUUUGUACUCUUGGAGUGUUGUCAAAGACUCUGGAUGUAG